AUGAACCUCUCACUUUUUGUCGCUGCUGUCCUGUGUGUUGCGUUUCAAGCCGCCGAAGCCACCACGCACCUGCGUGUGCACAUCCUGACCGAGUUGGCGAGCGCGGGCCAGCAGUGUGAAUGGGUGAACAAGGCCGUCAAAUGCGACGCUGCUACGUUCUGCCAGAAGUCUGACAAACACACCGGAUUCUGUAUGAAGAAGAAGCCUGGACUCAACGACCAGUGCGGCGGCAAGGGUGUGAACGGCCCGUGGUCUGUGACCUGCAACGCCACGAAUCUCAAGUGUGUCCAGCAAUCGAGUACGGUGAAAGCAAAUAUGAAGAAGCUUUUUGCUAUCAAAAGUGGCAACUUUGGCGUCAAAAGGCGAUGCGCCACUCUCACGACGCUGCUGCUUUCCAUCCUGCUCGUUGCAGUCACCAGCACAAGCAACGCGGCGGCAAAGGAAGCAGCUUUCAAUGCUUCCGAUUACUGGGCCAAAGACCAACCGUACAAGUUUCAACCACAGUGGACUCGUCUUCCGGAUGGGAAAGUUGUGGCGAACAAUGGCUCAAACUUCAGCAACUUUACAGAGUACCGUGGUGCGGUUGAAGCCAAAACCCCGAGAUUUUGA